GCGGAAAAACAAAAAAAACACGCGCCGCUGUAGCAAUGGCGUAGGCGCUGCUCUUUCUGACUGUGACCGGCUUAGCCCAUGCCGCGCGCCACCAUUUCAGUGGAGCGCUUGGAGUUUGUCGUGGCAAACCCGCACACUUUUGGACAAGGCGAUGUGCUGCACUCUCCGGUGGCUGGGCCGAAGGGUGGCUUCCAAUGCCGCUUGAAAGUGUACCCAGCGGGAACUCACAAAACGCAAGAGGCGCUUUCUGCCUUCGUAGAGCUGAUUGCCCCGCCGCAAAUGAAACUAUGGAGAUGUGAAGAUGUGCGCUUCAGCAUUGCGGUGAUCAGCAGCAAAAGCGAGCAGAUACGUAAGGAGAGCACUUUCACCUUCACUUCCAGCGAUUCGAACUGCGGCUGGUCUGCUUUGGUGCUACUUGAGCGACUGACCAUAGCAUCGGGGCUGCUGGACGAUGAUUCCAAGGUUCACUUGGUGGCUUCAGCCAGCAACUACCCCCCGCAGAUGGACUUUUCUGUAAAGCUGAAGCCAGCGAAAAUCUUGGUGCCAGAUGGUCCGCCGCUCAUGUUUGACAAGCGCAUCCUGGUGGCGCGCUCGAAGUAUUUCGCAACGAUGCUGACCUCGGAUUUCAAGGAAUCCUCCACCGGUGUGAUUGACCUUCGCGAGGACCCCGAGGCAAGCCACGUUUGCAUGGCAGCUGUUCUACAUUUUCUCCUCACGGCGUCCCUGGACCCCAACAUGGAUCUGGAGCUGGCGCUGGGUCUACAUGCCAUGGCGGACAAGCUCUGCCUGCAUGAUCUGGAGAAGGCAGUAGCUGAGCUGCUGAAGAGCAAGAUUUCGGACGAGACCUUGCUGCUGGUGUUGAGCCAGGUCUUUGACACUGGCAGCGAAGUGGAGCAGACCUGCUGGCAGCUUCUGCAAGAGGACUGCGACCUGCUGCACCGCCAGGAGACGCAGCUGGACGGCAUCAUCCAACAAGAUCCGGCUUUGGCGAAGAAGCUGAUCCUCUUCGCCGCCAACAAGAAGCAGAAGACCCGAUGAGACGCAAUGGGAGCCUCCGGCGGUCCGCGGCAAAGAUAUGGCCAUGGGUCAAAACCCGAAUCGUACCCCCAGUGAACAUCCGAUUCAAUCCC